AUGAUGAAGCUUAUUCAAUUAUCAGUCGUGUUAGCAGUGUGUUUUAUCUUAAAUAUAAACGCCCAACAACCAUCUGCGCCGGCAGGUGGUGCUGGAAUUGCUAUUACCUCUCCCGCUCUUGGUACUGUUUGGACGGCUGGAAAAACAGAAAAGGUUUCCUGGACUAUUCAAGACAAUACCGUAACUGAAAUCAGCACUGUCGAGCUACGCAACGGUGGUUCUGCUAACCUCCAAAUGGUCGGAAACGUUGGAUCAAAGAUCCCCGUGUCCGGUGGUCAAUGGGACUGGGCUAUCCCAGUAACUACAAAGACCGACGCUUCUUAUGUGCUUGUUUUCAAAAGCAACAAAGGUGACACUUACUCGCCCUAUUUCACCAUCAUGGCUGCACCACCAGGUACUGUUGCCAACGCAACAGCAUCGGCAUCAACUACCGGUAGCGGCACUGCUCCUGGAGCAUCAGCUACCCCCUCUGGAGAUCACUCGGGAGCAUCUACUCCAUUCCAGUUGGCAUUCUCAUUGGUUGGAGGAUUGUCCGUUGCUGCAGCUGCUCUUUUAAUCUAA